UAAAAUCAAGAUUGGAAUAUGUUAAGGAAUCCGAAAAUUUGAAACGUAUAGCUCAUUUAUUUAGAUCGACAUUAUUAGAUGUUGUCAAAUAAACCGACUGGCUGAUAUUUUGAUCGGUAUAUUUGCAGUACCUCUAACGAACUUAACCAUUCUACCAAAGACGUCCGUUGCGUACCCCGUUUUCAAUGUCACAUCGAACUUUACAUGCAUUACGUCAUUAACCCGACCUGCGGCUAGUGUUCACUGGUUCAAUGACAACAACAAUAUAACUCACCUAGCUACAUGUUCACAAAAAAAUGACGUCACAAGCAGUGAAUUGAAAUAUAUAUCAAACACAACCGGGUACAGUAGUGGAAAAAUAUCCUGUGUUGCAAAUUACAAGUACAACGUCAUCAGUACAAGUUUAACAGCUUACCUUAGCAUUCAAGUUCAGUUCCCCGUUUCGAAGCCAAUUGUGACAAUCAACGAUCUAAGUGCAUCAACAACGUUAGCAAUACGAGAGGGCAGACUCGUGCAUUUGAACUGUUCGUCUUCAGGAUAUCCACAGCCUUUUUAUAACUGGACUUACCCGGACGGACGGGCGACCGGUUCUCUUCUGAGUAUUUCAUUCGCUCGCAAUAAUGGUAAUGUGUCAUGCAAGGCAUUUAAUGUCAUGCGUACAUUAGAUGGAACCAACAGCGCUCAGGUUACAGAACAGAUAAACGCAUUAAAUAUAAACGUACUGUAUCCACCAGUCAUAACACAAUUAACAAGCAAUGGCAAGAAUAUAGACAUGAUUUAUAGUGCAAUCAAAACACUGAGAGGUGACAACAUCAACAUUGUCUGCACUAGUGACGCCAAUCCACCGGCUACUGUAUUAUGGCGUGACCAACUGAUCCCGUCACCAACCCUCAACGUUACAAGUGUACAAUAUGACGCUGUGUGGACUUGCCAAGCUUCAAACUCUAUGACCGAAUAUGAUGGAGUAGCAUCAACGUCUUCUGUAACAAAAACCGUAUCAGUCAGCGUAUUAUAUGGACCUGGUGUUCCUAUCAUCACGUAUAGAAUUUUACCAAACUCAGAUGAACGUUGGAAUGUUCCAAAUGGACUUAUUAGAGUCGUAGUAGGGAGAACCAUCAUGUGUAUGUGUUCCGUUGAUAGUUUUCCAGCUUCGACAUACACCUGGAAUACCGGACACGAAAGGAGUAUUCAGACGAUAGCAAAUGUCACACGAACAACAAACACAACAUACAUUUGCACAACAAGGAAUUUUAUGGAUACAUCAUUUAAAGGCAGCGCUGUUGGCAGCAAUUCUUCCUCAGUAAACAUUGAUGUACUGUAUGGUCCUGCGAGCAUAGCAUUAAAGUACAACAAUGUCACAUCAAUAGGACAUGCACUUCCAGUCAUUAAAGGAUGGUCGUUUACAUUAUUAUGUUCGGCCAUAAGUAAUCCAGCUCCUAGAUAUGCUUGGUCCGGACCUGUAGAUCAAGAAGGGGAUGUUCUGAUUAUAAGAAAUGUGACAAAUGACACCAACAGAAAUGUAACAUGUAGAGCAGAAAACACCAUGGUAGAUAGCGUGGGGAAGAGAGUUAUUGGGACAGCACAAGUUGCUGUUUUAAUAGAAUUGUUAUAUUCGCCCGAUGUUCAACGUUUACAAAACCAAACCGUACUACUGAAUACUUCUUUCACAGUUCUGUGUAAUUUAACUGAUGUUGGUAAUCCACCAGCCUCAAACUUUUCAUGGAUAAGGAGAGACAAUCAAACAGUUGUCGGAACUGGAAAAACACUAACCCUAAACAACAUUGGAUUGGCAGAUGAAGGAGAAUACCAGUGCAAUGCUUCGAACCGCAUGCAAUCAAUAGGCAAUGAAGUAGUGUACGGAUUUAGUCAGUCGACAUUCUUCAUAAAUGUUGGAUCUAUACCAGAAACACCACAAAAUGUGCAUGUGUCACAAAAAGGAAUAACCGAGCUUGAACUUCAAUGGAUACCUGGAUUUAAUGGCGGAGCAGAACAAACCUUUCAAAUUAUCUACAAAAAAAUCAAUAUUGAAAGCUGGACUGAGACACAUGCUCCCGCAAAUAAUACCAGACAUACUUUAUCUGGGUUAAGUGCGGGCACAGCUUACCGAUGCAAAAUGCGGGCGGAGAACAUUUAUGGAAUCUCGCCAUGGACUGAAGAUAUUACCGUAUACACUCUAUUGGAAAACGAUUCACAAAGCUCAACUCUGUCAGCUGUUGGUGGUGCGGUAGGCGGCGUUAUUGGAUGUAUUGCAAUAAUUGCGGUUGCAAUAGGCGUUUACAGAUACAGAUUUCAUGAUUUAGCAUUGCCAACUUUUUGUAUUUGGGAUAAUGUUCGACGCAGUUUGCAAAGAAAACGACGUCAAUGCGAGACAUAUGAUAACCUAGAUACAGACACAUACACCAUACGUUACUACGACGAUAUUGUUCGAGAAAAACGAAACCUCGCCGAUACAUCAUCAGGCAGUUACGAGACUUACGACUUCGGCAAUGUUGUUCAACAACGUCAGGCGAAUACUUAUACAACUUUUCCUGGAGUUGAAAUGAGAGAAUUAACAGGUCCUCCUAACGACAUUUUGCAAGACAGCCAAGCGCUUGCUAAGGAAGAAAUCGCGAGUUUCUCAUUUGAACCGAAACUGAUCGGCGAGGAAGAGGACUAUGUCAAUAUAAAACUGUCGGGUUUAUAAAAGUAGAGCUUUAUAUCCAAACCAUUCAAUACACAUGUGGCGACUUCAUUUUUCAAAGCGUUGUAUCACGCUUCUGACACUACUUUAAUACAAUACAACAGUAUGUAUUAGUUUGGUUCAUUUUAAAUUGUGUUGUUAUGUACAAGAAUUUCAUUGCGUGUGCACAGAUUUUGUCAAAUGGUUAUUUUUUUAUAACAUAUGAUAAGUCAUUACAAUUUGGGUUGAGCAUCGUCCCAGGAAAGCAUUUAUCUGAAUCAUUUUGAAUACUAUCGAUAAUUGAUUGUUUUUUAAGAAGAUUUUCAACGGAUUAUAUCUUGCAAUUUUAAUAAUCGGAGCUUUCGUGUUGGUUAUGUCAUUUAUUUUUGGAACAUUCGUAAGGAAAAUAAAUAUUUAUAUGACUUUAUUUAUCCGAAUCAAGAUGGUGGUUUCUGAAAAGAAUGUGUUUGAUUGUUUAACACUUUCAUUGCUGAGGUAACUAGUUAUUUCAAACUAUUCUAAUGAUGUGCAGGCAUCAGGUAAAGUCGUACAAUCUUUAAUAAACAUUCAGUAA